CCGAAAUCAUUGCAUUACAGCAACCUCGUUUGGCUCCCUUCGUUUCCGACUCCCCGCAAAUCCAACGGCAGAACAGAACAAAAGAAAACCAUCGGAAACCAAGUUCUGAACAAAACCCAUCGAUCUCAGCUAUGGCUGCUAAGAUUCUUGCUAACUUAAUUGUUAUGGGUUCUGGUAUACUGGGGAGGGCUUUAGUUCAAGCAUAUCGUCAGGCACUUACAAAUGCCUCAAAAUCUGGUGUUGCCCAAGAAACGCUACAAAAUGCCGCUCGUAGAGCAGGCAAAGCCAUGACGGAGCAAGAAGCGAGGCAGAUUCUUGGUAUCUCAGAAGGAACCACUUGGGAGGAAGUCUUAAAGAAAUACGACAGGCUAUUUGAAAACAAUGCCAAGAACGGGAGCUUUUACCUCCAGUCCAAAGUUCACAGGGCCAAGGAAUGUUUAGAAGCUGCCUAUAAAGAUAAAGGUCAAGGUACCCCUACCCCGAGUUGAGAGUCCUUCAAGUUCUCCUUCCAUCAACUGAUUGUAAAAUUCGUGUCGAGGUCUGAGGGAGAAGCCUGAAAGAUCGAAAAAAUUGAGAAUGUAUGCACAUGUUUGGUUUAGAUCAUCACCUUUUUAAUACAUGUAUGUUUGUUGAAGGUGUGUUCGCGUGCAUUUCCUAUUUCGUCAAUAAUAUACAUACUACAUAGCAUAGUGCCAUAGUGGUUGGCAUAUAUGCAAAGUGGUCUUCAAUGGAGGGCUUGGCUGCAUGGGUGGCCAAUCUGUCUGUCAAUAUAAGAAAGAAUUUCUUGGUCAACUAUGAUUGACAGGGUGAAGCACAU